CUCCAGAAGCAAAAACUUCACCUUUCUCUCCAAGGCAACUUCUUUUCGUCGCUAAUAGAAGAGCCUAGAAUUCUUCUGCAUUCAUAUAUAUAAACUACCCUGCCCGUACCCCUCUGCUUCCUCACAAAAAUCACAUCGAAAGUGUUCAUACAAAGUCGAGUUUCAUUCUUCCUUCAUUGGUUCCUGUAGGAGUACCAAUUCAUAUUUUUAGCUUCUAUACUCAAUGGCGGAUGUUCAAAUGGCUGAGGCAGAGACCUUCGCUUUCCAAGCUGAGAUUAACCAGUUGUUGAGUUUGAUCAUCAACACUUUCUACAGCAACAAGGAGAUUUUCCUCCGGGAAAUUAUUAGCAAUUCUUCUGAUGCAUUGGAUAAGAUCCGAUUCGAGAGUUUGACGGACAAGAGCAAGCUCGAUGCUCAACCUGAACUCUUCAUUCGCAUUGUUCCUGAUAAGGCGAACAAGACGCUAUCCAUUAUUGAUAGCGGUAUCGGCAUGACCAAAGCAGAUUUGGUCAACAAUCUGGGUACGAUUGCGAGGUCCGGCACCAAGGAAUUUAUGGAAGCCUUGCAGGCUGGUGCAGAUGUGAGCAUGAUUGGUCAAUUUGGUGUUGGUUUCUAUUCCGCUUACCUCGUAGCGGAGAAGGUUAUUGUGACCACCAAGCACAAUGAUGAUGAGCAGUACGUCUGGGAAUCACAAGCCGGUGGUUCAUUCACUAUUACGAGGGAUGUCAAUGGAGAGCAAUUGGGCAGAGGAACUAAAAUAACUCUCUUCCUCAAGGAGGACCAGCUGGAGUACUUGGAAGAAAGGAGAAUCAAGGACCUCGUAAAGAAGCACUCUGAAUUCAUUAGCUAUCCUAUUUACCUCUGGACUGAGAAGACUACGGAAAAAGAAAUCAGUGAUGAGGAAGAUGAUGAGCCCAAGAAAGACGAGGAGGGUGCUGUUGAGGAGGUCGACGAGGAUAAAGAGAAGGAGAAAGGAAAGAAAAAGAAGAUUAAGGAGGUUUCUCACGAGUGGCAGCUCAUUAACAAGCAGAAACCUAUCUGGUUGCGCAAACCGGAGGAGAUUACAAAGGAGGAGUAUGCCUCCUUCUACAAGAGUUUGACAAAUGACUGGGAGGAUCACCUUGUUGUCAAACACUUCUCUGUUGAGGGACAGCUUGAGUUCAAGGCAAUCCUCUUUGUGCCCAAGAGAGCUCCAUUUGAUCUUUUUGACACCCGGAAAAAGAUGAACAACAUCAAGCUCUAUGUCAGGAGGGUGUUCAUUAUGGACAACUGUGAGGAAAUUAUGCCCGAGUACCUUGGAUUUGUGAAGGGUGUUGUGGACUCUGAUGAUUUGCCUCUCAACAUCUCUCGUGAGAUGCUACAACAGAACAAAAUUCUCAAGGUGAUUAGGAAGAACCUCGUGAAGAAAUGCAUUGAGAUGUUCAAUGAGAUUGCUGAGAACAAGGAAGAUUAUAACAAGUUCUACGAGGCCUUCUCAAAGAACUUGAAAUUGGGCAUUCACGAAGAUAGCCAGAACAGAGCCAAGUUGGCUGACCUGCUUCGUUACCACUCUACCAAGAGUGGCGAUGAGCUGACGAGCCUGAAGGACUAUGUUACUAGGAUGAAGGAAGGCCAGAAAGAUAUCUACUAUAUUACUGGAGAGAGCAAGAAAGCAGUUGAGAAUUCUCCAUUCUUGGAGCGUCUCAAGAAGAAAGGAUAUGAAGUGCUCUACAUGGUUGAUGCCAUUGAUGAAUAUGCCGUGGGGCAGCUGAAAGAAUAUGAUGGUAAGAAACUAGUCUCUGCCACCAAGGAGGGAUUGAAGCUCGAUGAUGACAGUGAAGAAGAGAAGAAGAAAAAGGAGGAGAAGAAAAAGUCUUUUGAGAAUCUCUGCAAGAUAAUCAAAGACAUCCUUGGUGAUAGGGUUGAGAAGGUGGUUGUUUCUGAUAGGAUUGUUGAUUCUCCAUGUUGCUUGGUGACUGGCGAAUACGGUUGGACAGCCAACAUGGAAAGAAUCAUGAAGGCUCAGGCUUUGAGGGAUAGCAGCAUGAGUUCUUACAUGUCCAGCAAGAAGACAAUGGAAAUUAAUCCUGAUAAUGGAAUUAUGGAAGAAUUGAGGAAGAGAGCUGAGGCAGACCAAAAUGACAAAUCAGUGAAGGAUCUCGUGUUGUUGCUCUUUGAGACAGCUCUACUGACAUCUGGUUUUAGCCUUGAUGACCCUAAUACCUUUGCAGCAAGAAUCCACAGGAUGUUGAAGUUGGGCCUCAGCAUAGAGGAGGAAGAAGAAGCCGGUGAAGAUGCUGACAUGCCUGCACUGGAGGAAACUGGUGAGGAAAGCAAGAUGGAAGAAGUGGACUAAUGAUUGAAAUCAGUUGAGACUUGAGAUGUGUGAAAAGUACAAUUUGAACUGUGCUUCAUUUUUCUCGUCUUGUGUUUAGUAUAGUAUUUUUUUGGUAGUGGUUAGGAUGGGUCAGUUGAGUCUGUCGUGGUAGUAAUUGUGUUUCUGUUUCUCGUCCCAGUACUAAGAGCGUUUGUCCAUCCAUUUUCUAAAAUGUUAUGGAGUCUAUUUUGAUCA